GCGGGGCUGGAGGGCGACGGGAACCGCGAUUGGUGGCUUUGAAGGAGCGGCGGGCGGGAACGGCGGCCAAGAGACUCUGUUGGAGAUGACUGACUGUAAGACACCCGCGCGCGACCGGGGACCGGGCCCUUGAGUGUGGCGGGAGCCUUGAGAAGCCACAUCCCAGGCUUGUGGGGCGACGUUUCCGCGACUGCCACGCGUCUCAAGUGCCAAAGAGAUGGAUGAAACUGUUGCAGAAUUUAUCAAGAGGACCAUCUUGAAAAUCCCAAUGACUAAAAUGAUGACAAUCCUCAAAGCCUGGGAUUUUUUGUCCGAAAAUCAACUGCAGACCGUAAACUUCCGGCAGAGAAAGGAAUCUCUCGUUCAGGACUUGGUUCUGCUCUGUGAGAAUAAGCGCGCAAGUCUCCAUGACGCAGCCCUCUUAGACAUCAUUUAUACUCAAUUUCAUCAGCAUCAGAAAGUCUGGGAUGUUUUUCAAAUGAGUAAAGAACCAGGUGAAGACGUUGACCUUUUUGAUAUGGAACAAUUCAGAAGGUCCUUUGAGAAAAUCCUUCGGAGAGCAUUAAAAAAUGUGACGGUCAGUUUCAGAGACGCUGAGGAGAAUGCAGUAUGGAUUCGAAUUGCCUGGGGAACGCAGUUUAGAAAGCCAAACCAGUACAAACCUGUUUAUGUGGUAUAUUAUCCCCAGACUCCCUACGCCUUCACUUCCUUCUGCCAGCUGAGAAGCAACAUGCCCCUUCUGGGUCAGGCACUGACGGUUGCUAGCAAUCACCAUAAGAUUGUGAAAAUGGACCUCAGAAGCCGCUAUUUGGACUCUCUGAAGGCUAUUGUUUUCAAACAGUAUAAUCAGACCUUUGAAACUCACAACUCCACUCUACGUCCACAGGAAACCCUCAAGCUGGACGUGCACAUGGAUUCAAGGAUCAUUCAUGAAAACAGAAUCGAGAAAGAGAGAGUCCAGAGAGUCACUCAAGAAACUUUUGGAGACUACUGUCAACCGAGACUAGAAUUUGCACAAUAUAAGCUUGAGACGAAAUUCAAAAGUGACUUCCAUGGAGGCAUCUUGGCUGAGAGAAAAGAGCCCCUCCGGUGCCUAAUAAAGUUCUCUAGCCCGCAUCUUCUGGAAGCAUUGAAAUCCUUAGCACCAGCUGGUAUCGCAGAUGCACCACUUUCUCCAUUGCUCACUUGCAUACCCAAUAAGGCAAUGAAUUAUUUUAAAAUUAGAGAUAAAUAAGAUGUCUAUGGUUUUGUAAGCACGGUAUUCCCUUGACUAUAUUGCAUAUGCAUUUCAAUUAACAGCUAGCUGCGCAGCUUCUGUUUAUGAACUUGUGUUUUAGAAAUUCAUUCUUGAUAUUGAUAGUCCAGAAAUGUUCAGUAUGCUUGUUGGGACUGAUUCUUUCCUCCUCCACUGUGCACCCUGCUCCCCCCAUACCCUGCAAAGCAUAGCAAUUGUGGGCCUUUAAAACAUGACGAGGUGUCCAUUUUCUCACUCCUGUCUUUCCUCGAUCCCAGAGAGACUGGGUUCUAAUUGCUUGUUUCCAAGGAUUUUGUCUGACGCCUUGGGUCAUGGAAAGAAACAGCAAGAAACUAUCUUCAAUUCAGAAUUUUCUAGGAAAACCAUAAAAUUGGUCCAACCAAAGGGUAGAGUUGGGUCCGUUAAGUUACUGCAGGAAGGAGAAUAUCAGAUGAUUCAGUAAUAUGAAAUAAUAGCUUCAAUGUAAGUAUGAUACUGUUCAUAAUCUGUUUUAUCCUACAUAUGGCAUUCAAACUCACCAUACUAUACUGAUUUUUGAAUAAAGGUUUAAAAACUG